AUGGAAUUAGAUAUUGAUGAAAUGCCCGAAAACUCUCGUCAUAAAAAAUAUUCUAGUGAAUUAGCUACUCAAGAUAAAAUGAUUAUUAGAAUCAAAAAGCAAGAACCUGACGUUGACGUUGAAGGUAAAGAUUCAUCCACAGAGCACGAUGAAGUUGUGUCGUACACUUGCGAAUUUGUUCAAAAAGUUGAUGAAACUGAAUCAGAGUUGAUCGAUAUAUGUGAUGAACCAAUUGAAUCUAUUCGUCAAGAUGAAAAUUAUAUAUAUCCAGCUAUAACUAACUCUGAUGAUGAAGAUACCAAGGAUGUGACGUGGCAACCACCAUCUAAUAUUUUAACUCCUGGGGAACGCUUAACACGCAAAAAUAUCAAGUGUUUGUAUCCAAAAGAUGAAAAACCUGUAUCAAAGAAAAAUAAAUGUAAAAAUAAUAAGAAUAACGAAGUACCAAUUAAACGUUUGAAAAAGGGUCGUUUACCAAAAAGUAAACAAGUUUUAGAAGACAUAGAUGUUUCAAAGCCAGCUACUGAUUUAACAGACGAAACAACUGUUAGUGAAUCAAUAACAAAAAAAAACUGUGAUUCACUGCCUUCUAAAGUUGGGAGACCAAGAAAAGGUAUGGCUACACCAAAACAACGCCUGGCACGUAUUAUAAAAAUACACAAAAUGAUAAAAUAA